GAAGCCAUCAUGAGAGCUGUCUGUCUCAUUGUGCUUGUGGUCCUAACCUUGCAAGUCGCUUCACUUUCAAUCUUUAAGAAAAGCACAAUUGUAGAUUGCUGUAAAAUAUUAAAUAAACAGCUGAAGAGUGAAAACAUAAAGAGCUAUAACAGGACUGAUGAUAACUUCUGCAGAAAGAAGGCAUUUUUUGUUGAAUGCAAGGAUGGCAAACGAAUUUGUGUUGAUGCAACAUCCCCAAAAAUUAUUUCAGCUAUUAAGAAAUUUGAUGCAAAGAAUAAAGGAAUCAGGAGUAAUAACAUGGCAGCGAUGUCUCCAACUCCAUAAAAAGUCCUCAACUUUACUUCUGCCCCUGUGACUGUAUAUGUUGUUGUUGUUUUAUUUUUCCAUUUGGAAAAACAAGGAGGGAAAGUCAAGCUAGAAACAAAAUGCUGCACUUUUCAACAGUCUAUUAAGCUAUAAUGUUUAGGUAACCAUAACUUAUAUAAUAGAAGAUUAACACCUAGAAAACUCUUUGUAACUGAAACACUUCUAUUGCAUCCAGUACUUCUCUGUAUCAUUUAUUUUGUUUGUCCAUGCUUUCGUAUUUUGUACUUAAUAAAGU